CUGUGCUGUUGACAUCAAGUAAUAUGAAAUGUUAUAAACUUUAAAGACUAAUAUCUCUGUUAUUAGGGCCUAUUCGAUAGAUCGCCCGGACACGUUCGCUUAUUUUCGAUAUAGAUUCAUUAUGCCCAAGCUUGUCGAAAUCCAUGAUUCUCUAACCAUGUCCUCCCCUUGUACGAGUGCAGAACGGAGUUGAUCGAGUCAAUUUUAUUAUACACUACCCUUCCCACAAUAUAAAUUAAAUAGAAAUUAUUUUACACUUUUUAGCGCAUUUUCAAGUCGGUUGUAUUUUUUGUUAAAAAUUAUUUUUUUCUCUUAUCACCGAAUCACCAAGGUCGAUCGACCAAAUAACAUAUUCAAAUGUAUCCGAUAACGGACCACUUCUCUAUUAUCUGGUCAAUGUGUAGACAGAUAAACAAAAUAUUGUAGAGCAGGUACCUAAUCAUAUUAUCGUUCCAAACAAUCUGAUCAAUCGUACUUUCUUGUUUUGUAUACUUUGUAUACUUUCUAGCUACUUCUUGUUUUGUCGUGAAAAUCCCCAAGGUCGUUACGUCAACAACGAUGAGUCGAAAGGGCAGGCUGUUACCAUCAUGUGCUGCCAUAAUAUUGGGCUAAAGUUUGCCUGGCUAGCGGGAGAAAAUAAUUUUGAACAAGUUGAACGUCGAAGAAGCAAUUGUUGUCCCUUCGAAGGACAAUUACGGUCCCUUUGAGAGCCACUAUUAAAUAUCUCUUACUGUCUUUCAAAAUAUUAGCUUAUUGUUGUCUAUUGAAAACGAGAGACAACGAUGCCAAAGGGUGGAUUUUUGAUAGAAAGUUACAAAUUAGUGCUAUCGUAUCAUUCAAUCUUACAUAAUAUGUUUAUAAGCUUAUUUCAAAGAAAGUAGAGAUGAAGAAACAAAAGAUUUCAUUAAGCUAUCUCUAGAAGUGGUCUUAAAAUAAAACAACAUGAGAAUAUCAGCAUUUAAAAUCUUAAUAACCUUCUUAACCCUCUUAACCUUUACCCAAGUAAAAAUCAGUUAUCUAACAAUUAAAUUUCCGAAUAUUUUAUUUGCACGUUCGUCAAGAUAUAAUCUUAUCGAAGAUUCAUUAACAGAAGGGGUAUUUAAAGGACGGAAACGAUUCAGUGUCAUGCAUUCAGUGAAAUCCACUAGCAGAAGCAACAUGAUGAAAUUCGCAUUCGCCCUCGUCGCAGUCCUGGCUUUGGCCAGCCCCCUGCAAGCUUACCAUGUUCCACGUACAGGAACCGGUGUCCUGGCUGACGACGUGCAGGAGUUUGUCGAUCUCCUGCCAAUGGACGAAGUAAUCAAAAUCAUCCAGCGUUACGUUACCACUGACAGUGAUGUCCAAGCUGUGAUAAAAUUCAUGCACUCCAACGAAUUCAAACAAUUGGUCACCGAAAUCGAAACCAUGUCCGAAAUCCAGCACAUCAUGAACUACAUGCAGAAAAAUGGACUGGACAUCUACCAGGUGGUGAACCACAUUAACAAGUACCUCGAUCUCGAACCAUUGACACCACCAACCAACGUCCGAAUGGUGAGGGCCGCCGGUGGCAUCCGCGGAAUGCUCGACGAGGUUAAGGCCCUUGUACCCAAGGAGAAGAUCCGGGAACUGUACAAACAGAAAUUGGCUACAUCCAAAGUGUUUGCCGAGUUAGUCGCUCAAGUGAAAUCACCGGAAUUCCAGAACGUCGCCAAUAAACUAUGCGAUAACGCUACCUUCAAACACAUGUUGAGCGAAGCCAAAAAGGCCCAAGUCGAUGUCGAAGGUGUGAUCAGUUUAAUCGAGAACAGAUUGGGCGUUAAGAUCCCCUGCAGAGUAUGA